AUGACUCCAUCAAAAGAAUACCUCCACAGCGCCGUGCUAGACCCUGUGAAGGUCAACCACAGCAGUUUUUUUCGUGAAGGGCGAGCUAGUGCGCUCCCCUCCCCAAACGAAAUAAGAUUGCUGAACGGCAACUCAGGCGGCGUGCGUGCAGGGGACUUUUAUCGCCCGCCCCCGGUACGCAUCCCGUCACUUGGCCUACUUGUCAAGUACGGAGCCGAUGUUACUGCUCGGGAAGCAAAGGCCCAAAUGAUGGUCCGCGAGAAGUUGGGUGGCCAAGUCCCUAUUCCUGAAGUGUUCGGAUGGACCAUGGAUGAAGGCCAAGUCUUCAUUUACAUGCAGCUGGUCGAGGGAGACACUUUGGAAGCGAGAUGGGAAAACCUAGGUGAAGUCAACAGACGCUCUGUGUGCGCCCAACUGAGGUGCAUGGUUGAUUCGUGGCGAAGCUUAACGCAGGACAACCACGAAUGUUACAUUGGUGCUUCAUACGGACAACCUCUCGGUGAUAUCUUCCUUCAAAAACGCCCAGAACUUGUUGGCCCAUUCAAAGGACCGGAUGCAAUCGAGCAAUUCCACCAUGCCUGUGGCAUUGACGUUGCUCAGCACACGUCUAUCGUCUUCACACAUGCAGAUCUUGUCGCACCGAAUAUUAUUCUUUCCACAGAUACGGAUCCAACGGUGGUUGCUAUCAUUGAUUGGGCUCAGGCAGGAUGGUACCCUGAUUAUUGGGAGUAUUGCAAGGCGCGCCGCGUGGAGCUGGACUCACAAUGUAUCAGCCCCGAGCUUCAAGAUGAAUGGCGUAUGAAGUGCAGAAAAUCGGAGAAUGUAUUCGUUCGCAUCACUGGCUUCUCCAUGCCAGCUUUGACCGGACGUCUUGUACUAAUGGCUUGCGUAAACAUCGAUGAGCUAGUCGAACGCAUGGCGGCGCUGAGUUUGCAGAGCAACAACAUCACAACUGACUGUGUCACCGUGGCCCUAGAUGAAAAUGUUCAUAGUGGCAGCCCCGACAGCAAUGAGGACAUCGAGAUGCUGGAUUAUUCUGAUACAAGUCGCAACCAACGCCUUUUGGCACCAUUCGAGCGGCUUGCCGCGGCUGUUCGUGCCCUUGACGGAGUCAUUAGCGGCAAGGAUGAGCCAUACCCGCCUCCUAGAUUUGGAUAUGUACAGCUAUUCCAUUUUCUUGAAUCACUGAGGAGCAAGAUAGAACGUGUCAAGAAGCGUAGGCUCAUUGAGCCAGAAAGCCACCGCACCAAUGCUGCGCUAGCAUAUGAGCUCUAUCGUAACGCGCAAGACACUCCCGCCACUACAACCCAUUUGCGUCGUCUCAGACUUAUCGGCAGCCGUUGGAAAGACGCUGUUCGCUACUCACCCUUUUUACUGCUCGCUUUCUCCAAAACUGCGGAGUCUUUUGCGAAGUCUCCUUCGAAAGCAGAUAAGACAACAUUUCGAAAGUUAGUUUUGAAUGCUUUGGAUGCUGUGCCUGAUCGGCUGAAGAAAGUUUGCGCUGAACUUUCUAGCAUUGCCGAACGCGAAGCUGCUAGCAGCACGCCAUCUGAUCACAUCAUAAGGAGCGGACUUAUGGAUUGUGUUAGGGAAUGUCUUUUGGGACCCGAAAGAGGCUGA